AUGGAGACUAGACGUUCCUCUUACAGCAAUUCGCAGCCAGAAAGUGAAGCCCAGAUACAACUAUGCCCCGAGAAGUUCGAGGUUGCCCCUACUGCGGAGCAGAAAUUGCCCCCCGUCGAUGGAGGAUUCCAAGCAUGGAUGUUUCUAGGAGCUUGUGUGAUGCUAGAGGCACUGAUAUGGGGAUUUGCCUUCGCAUUCGGAGUCUUCCAAAAAUACUAUCAUGCGCGUGAGGCCUUCCAGGGCUCGAGUAUGGUUGCCUUUAUUGGGACAUGUGCCACGGGUAUCUCCUACUUAAGCUGCCCACUGGUCCUUAUCGCUAUGAUCCUACUUCCCACUAUGGGCCGGUGGUUCUCAACAAUCGGAUUGACCAUGAUGUGUCUCUCGCUGGCCCUGGGCUCAUUCUCUCAGAAUGUCACCCAUCUCGUCCUCUCGCAAGGAGUCGGGUUUGGCAUUGGCGGAUGCAUCGCCUACAGCCCAUCCAUCAUGUACAUGGACGAAUGGUUUGUCAACAGAAAGGGACUGGCCUUUGGUAUCACCUGGGCCGGCUCAGGGGUAUCUGGCCUCAUUUUCCCGAUCGGACUCGAGAAGCUACUUGAUCGAUUUGGAUUUGAGACGACCCUCAGGGUCGUUUCGGUCAUCAUGUUUGUUCUCGCGGCUCCGUUCAUAUACUUUCACAGGCCCCGUCUGCCAGCUUCAAAGUCAGUGGCUUACAGUCGGCUCAAUCUGCGAUUCGUAUACAACAAAAUGUUUAUUUUCUACCAGAUCAGCAACAUCAUGGAGGCGAUUGCGUACUUUUUGCCCGGAAUCUAUCUUCCUUCUCAUGCGCGCAGUGUGGGUGCUUCGGACUUCGUCUCGUCACUCACUGUGACACUCUUGAAUCUAGCAUCGGUAUUUGGAAGCGUGACUAUGGGACAUUUGGCAGAUCGUUAUCACCCAAUCACAUGCAUUACGAUAUCGACAGUUGGAAGCACGUUGUCUUUGUUCUUCUUAUGGGGAUUCGCAUCCACUAUACCAACCUUGUUGGUGUUCUCGUUCGCCUACGGCUUGUUCGCAGGGUGUUAUUCAGCUACAUGGUCUGGUAUAACCAGGGAGGUUGGCCGUGUGAAUCCUAAGGCUGAUGCGACUGUAAUCUUUGGCCUUAUUGCUUUCGGUCGAGGUAUCGGAAAUGUUGUCAGUGGACCGUUCAGCGAGGCUUUGUUGACUGCCGACCCGUUCAAGGGCUCUGCGAUUGGCGGCUAUGGCAGCGGGUACGGUCUUGUCAUAUUGUGCGCUGGGAUUACUACUUUCAUGAGUGGGCUAUGUAUAUUCGCCCAUCAUUUGAAGAUUAUAUAG